AUGAACGCUCGUAUGCGCGACCAGUUGAUAGCCGAAGCAUUUAGUGCACUCGAGCCUACCAGCUCUUUUGGGCAACUUACACCAAAGUGCGUCUUUGAUGAAGUUACAUGGCCAUCGAUGGUAGAUGUACUCGAUAAACGAUUGUCGUUUCUUGCUCAACAUCGUCCUCCGGGCGAAAUUGUCGGUGCCAUCAUUGCUCACGAUCUUUAUUCGGAAUAUGACAAACAUCCAUACGAAGCCUCUGGUCCUCCAGCUUCCAUCGGUAUCCUUGAUUUACUCGAUGAAAUGGCUGACAUGUUUGUUCGUCGUGAUUUUAGUCAAAAAUCGAAGCCUCACAUGGUCUUGCACAUUUGGGUGGGUGCUACUCGAGCUCAACAUUUAGGCAAAGGUGUGGGUAUUUGA